AUGGAUACCGAGGAUACAAGCGACGAUGGGGUGGGUGCCAGAGACGCGCGCGACGACGAAGGGAACGCAGAGUGGUCUCUGUUUACCAAGCGGAAACCGAUCCGGAAAGUCAAGCCCGAGCAGCUUCGCCUCGAACGGGACACAGUGCUGGGCCUUCAGGCCCUGUCUACGUUCGCCACCUAUGUCAGCAAGGAUCCAGUGGACAUCACAGUUAAAGUCGACGGCUGUGGCGUUAGCGAGUCUUACAGCCUGAAGGAGGACACUAAGCUGGUCGUACAAGAGAAGAAGGUCGUGAACUUGCCCAACAAGCUUACCUCAGAAGCAACGGGUACCGGAUGCGCUUUGGUGUCGACCACAUUGAAGUACAAUGUUCAUACGGCACCCAAAAGCGAAGGCUUUGAGCUUACGGUCACUCCGUCCCAAGAAACAACAGAGUGCAGCGACCUCAAGCUCCACAUUUCCGUAAGGUACGAGGGCGAGCAGCCCUCUAACAUGGCUGUGCUGGAGCUCAAGCUUCUGUCCGGCUACAUCCCUGACGAGGACCACAUAUACAGGCUAUACCGUGAGAAAGACGUCAAGCUGAAGAGGCACGAAGUUGAGAAGAACCAAGUCAAUUUCUACUUUGAGGAGAUAACUUCGGAAAUCAAGCGCUUCGACGUUCGCCUCCACCGCGAGUUUGCCAUUGAAGACGUGAAGCCCGCCACAGUGAAGGUCUACGACUAUUAUGAGCAAGAAAACAGCAACCUUGUGCCUUACUCCCUCGUGGCGUCCUGCAGUAAACAUCGCUCAUCAUUUCUUUUCAACAUUUAUUUUUCUUUUGCUAGUGCCCUUUUGUUGGAACGAAUGCGAGAAUGACAACACGAGUCAGAAACACAACAUUAAGGCAAACACGUAUUUACCUUUUCGCACCUAUAUAUUUUAUGUCUCUCUCUUUCUCUCUCUCUCUCUCUAUUUGCCUUCACCAGAAUCAUGCUUUUCCGCUUUCUCUAUAGCGUUCACCUCCAAAGGCUUUUUAUAGCGGUCACACUUUUUAAAGGACCAAUGCACGAGUACUUAUUUAUACGUGUCAUGUUUAACACAAUAUUUAUUAUUGUUUGUGGGGUUCGCCGUCCACUCCGAUGAAACGGGCCGCUCGUCGAAGUCGGGGUAAUUCAAAAAGCCAUUUAUUAAUAAAACUUUAAAACCGUGAGGGCAACAAAUGACAACACAUGAAAGCAAACUUCCCCGAACACUUCCUCGCCGGUGGCGCUAACCAUGGCCCCGACGGGCCACACGCCGCGCACACACGCGCACCUCACGACAGUUCGCCGGCAACUCCCACUUGACCGCUCGCCGUGCCCGGUUAUGAAGCUGGUCUGCAUCCGGGCGCAAGCGCAGUGGCCCUCGCUGCUGUGUCUUGUAACCGCCGGUGCUGACAUGGGCGAGCGUGGUAAUUAGGCGAUUAUAGAGGGUUCCCCACAUGUGUUAAACACAAUAUUUAAUUCCAGUCCCCGAAUAUGGGUGGAGGACGUAAGGAUGCGCCGCUACAGUGUGUAUGUAUGUGCGUGAAAAAGGUCGUGGAUUUG